AUGCAACCAUCCAAUGAGGCGCGUGCCAGGGGGAGAGCAGCAUCAACUUCCUCGUCGUUCACGACGAUGUCAUCCUCUAUCUCUUCCUGUGGGGAUGUGGGACGGCUGGACCUGCUUUUGAACAUUGAAUCGUUGUGCACAUUGUUUCAGGAUGUUGCACCAACGGAGGAGCCCAUGUCAACACAGCAACCGGAUCUCUUGCGAAUUCAAUAUUCAAAAGACUUUGACCGUGUUAUGGGCCUAUAUCGGACGUUGAGGGGGACGUUUAGUGGUGCAUUUCGCGCUGCGCCGUCAGCGAGAUGGUUUCUGCUGACGGCAUUUGUGCUACGUCAGUGCCAUUCACACUACACUGCGUGGAAGGACCGUCGUGACGUCGUCUUGGACUCCGCGCGCCUUCUAGGAUCCACGCGGGAAAGCUUGCUUGCGGAAAUGGGAGGCAGUGAUGAGUUCCACGGCGGAAACAACAUCCGCUGUGGGGAACUGACGCCUAUUCUGGAGAGUUGGCUACCACUUGAGGCAAACCUGAAAGGGCCCACCGGCUCGUUCAGCGUGUGGCGGGCGGUGCGUUGGGAAUUCCAAGCUGUAGAGGACUUUAAUUUGAGAAACCAUAAAAACUUUCAGGUGUGGCAUCAUCGAAAGGAACUGUUGCUGGAGGCUCUCGCACGGACUGAGUCUCCGUCCCACACCUCACUUCUUGCUUCUAUGGAACUCUUCAAUCGCUAUCUGAUACAGCACCACAACAUUUGUUUCGCAGACAUUGAUGAACGAGCUAUUUGCGGUGAGGUAUUUAAAAUAGACCAUAAAAACUACCAUGUGUGGCUGCAUCGAUCAUGGUUUGUGCACACUUUUCCGUUUCUCAUUCAGCCCCCAUCGUGGCCGGCGCUGCUGGGUGACUACACCACAAUGACGGACCAAGCCGGGAAGAGCACAGAGCCUCUGCGAGCAUUCGUAGUGCAAGAAAUGUGGGAGGAAGAGUGUCAGGGACCUCCUAUCCCUCCCUGUGGCUUGAAGGACGAAUUGGACUACACCGCAACCCUUAUAAGAGAUGACUGCCUCAACAACUCAGCGUGGUGUCACCGUUUUUACUUAUUUGACCGUGACCUCAUUAGGGCGUCUUUGCAAACGUGUUCACUGCAGUCUCUGGAGGACGUGGAUACGGUGCUGCGACACUUAUGUCUCGAUGAGAUGCAUUACGCCCUACAGUGGUGUGUUUAUGAGCCAUGCAAUGAGUCUUCAUUUGUUCACGCCCGCGGGAUUGCGACCAUCUACCAGGCCGCCGCACUUCGGCUUUAUCUUUCCAGCAAUGCGACAGGAGCGUACAAUUACCUUGCAGACAAGGUGUCAAUUUCUUCCAUGGCGCCUCUACCGUCGCAUUACAUGUGUUUGAAGGAGAAGGUUCCGUGGGAUGUGUUUUUGGGAACAUUUUCUCUUGUCCAGCAGCAGCUUUGUGUGCUGAGGGACGAUGUCACUUCACAUGCUGAAGAGCUCCGAAGAAGUGUGUCUGCAGGUGAUGAGGCAACGCUGCUGGAAAGUUUCCUGUGCCGCUCCCAGUAUCUGCUGGACAAUGUGCACCAGGUAUAUGCGGCACGUUAUCACCUUCUAUUCGUACUGCUUGAGCAGCUGUGGUGCUGUUACUUCACUGACGCGGAACGAGACCAGGUGAACGAGACGUUGCCGCCCAAGAAGUACGCAGAGGGGGACGAAGCAGCUGCGGAAGCCAUAACGAAGCAGCCGUUGGACAACUGCGUUAGAUAUUUCUUGGAACAUGAGGUGCAGGCAAUGGGGCUGGCACGGCGUCUGGUGGUGGAGGACGCCAUCCGUUCAAAGUACUGGAAGCAUGAAAUAAACCUUGUUAUGCAUAGGGACUACAGCUGGCACUGA